CCUGUGAUGAUCAUGCGCAGAACCUCCUCAUAGCACAGUGUUUAUUUCUUUGAUCCGUGCGGAGGGACUCGCCAUGACGCGCGGCGUCCUCGUCGCUCUGCUGUGGCUGCUGGCCGGCUUGCGCACGCCCUCCCUGGGCUACUUCGCCGAGGAGCGCUGGAGCCCCGAGUCUCCUCUUCUGGCUCCCCGGGUCGUCCUCGCCCUCAUCUGCCGCAACUCGGAGCACUCGCUGCCCUACGUGCUGGGAGCCGUGGAGCGGCUCGACUACCCCAAGGAGCGCAUCGCCGUGUGGGUGGCGACUGAUCAUAACGAGGACAACACCACGGCUAUCCUGCGUGAUUGGCUCGUCAAUGUGCAGAAUCUUUAUCAUUAUGUGGAGUGGAGGCCCAAAGAGGAGCCCAGGCACUACGAGGACGAAGAGGGUCCCAAGGGAUGGCCGGACCCCCGUUACCAGCACGUUAUGAAGCUGCGGCAAGUUGCGCUGGAGUCAGCCCGUGAGAUGUGGGCCGACUACUUCAUGUUGAUGGACUGCGACAACCUGCUCACCAACACGAACGUCCUCUGGAGUCUCAUGAGCGAGAAUAAGACAGUCAUCGCUCCCAUGCUGGAUUCCCGUGCGGCCUAUUCCAACUUCUGGUGCGGAAUGACCAGCCAGGGCUACUACAAGCGCACCCCGGCCUACAUGCCCAUGAGGAAGCGUGUGCGUAAGGGCUGUUUUGCAGUGCCAAUGGUGCACUCCACCUUCCUGAUCGACCUCCGGAAGGAGGCGUCCAGGCAGCUGGCCUUCCACCCGCCGCACCCGGAGUACAACUGGGCCUACGACGACAUCAUCGUGUUCGCCUACUCCGCUCGGAUGGCAGACGUGCAGAUGUUCGUGAGCAACCGAGAGACGUACGGCUACAUCCCCGUGCCGCUGCGCGCUCACAAUACGUUGCAAGACGAGGUCGAGAGCUUUAUGCAUAUCCUGCUGGAGGCUAACGUGCGACAUCUCCCGGUGUUGCCGUCCAAUAACAUUCCUGCUCCCUCCAAACAACCAGACAAAAUGGGCUUUGAUGAGGUUUUCAUGAUCAACCUCCGGAGGCGUAGUGACCGCAGGGAGCGCAUGCUGAGAGCUCUCUACGAGCAGGAGAUUGACUGCAAGGUCACUGAGGCGGUCGAUGGAAAGGCGUUGAAUAUCAGUGAUGUUCAGGCCAUGGGCAUCCACAUGCUCCCCGGGUACAACGACCCUUAUCACGGCCGCCCACUCACCAAAGGAGAGCUGGGAUGCUUCCUUUCGCACUACAACAUCUGGAACGAGAUUGUAGAGCGCGGCCUGCUGACCUCUCUGGUGAUCGAAGACGACCUGCGCUUCGAGGUCUUCUUCAAGCGCCGUCUCAUGUACCUGAUGAGCGAGAUUGAGGACGAAGGGCUCGACUGGGAUCUCAUCUACAUCGGCCGCAAGCGAAUGCAGGUGGAGCGCUCGGAGAAAGCGGUGGCCAACGUCCAUAACCUGGUGGAGGCCGACUAUUCCUAUUGGACUCUGGGUUACAUGAUAUCCUUGCAAGGAGCCGAGAAGCUGCUACGAGCCGAGCCUUUAAAGAGGGUGCUGCCAGUGGACGAGUUUCUACCCAUCAUGUACAAUAAACACCCAGUGUCCGAUUACAUGGAGCAGUUCGAGACGCGCGACCUUAAGGCCUUCUCGGCGGAGCCCCUCCUGGUGUACCCCACCCACUACACGGGCGACUCGGGCUACAUCAGCGACACGGAGACGUCCACCGUGUGGGACAACGACAAGAUCCGCACGGACUGGGACCGAGGACGCUCGGGCAAAACUCACGAGCAGGCCCGGCUCAGCACCGAGGCCCAGAACUCGGACGUGCUGCAGUCGCCGUUGGACAGCACGGCGCGGGACGAGCUCUGAGACCAACUCUGUCCCCCGCAACCACCAAAAGUACCCUUUCUGUUUUUAUAAUUUGACACUUUGUGCUUUGGCAUCACAGCGGGAGGGUUUGACGGAAAAAAAAAAAAAACCUCACUGCUCAUCGAAAAUGCACUAGACUUGCCACACGGGAUGGCAUUUGCAGUACCCGGCAUGUGUCUGUCAUACAGAAAAGAAGCUUUCUAUCUUUCGUUGUCCUGAGGUGACGUUACACUGUGAAAAGCGGAAGAUGAAUCUAGUAAAUGGCUUGACGCGUCUGCUUUGUCUUCUUCUCUGACGUCACCAAACGGAAAUGUUCCUUCAGAAAGUAGCUUGUUAAUACAUCACAGCAAAUCUCAGCAAUCCACAGAUAUGUGCACCCGUACCCCCCUAGUAUCCUCUGCCGCCGCCUAUGCAAUUUCCACGUCGCCACAUGAACCGGGGCGGGCGGCUCUUCGACAGCGCCGUUGACGAGACGAACCACCCACGUGCGCGUCUCACCGCUUUACCAGCAAAACAUUUACAGAUGCGCAUCAAACACAUCCAAACACAAACAUAGCAAUGUCCUUUUUCUCAUGAUUAAACAUUUGCGUUGACUUGAUUGAAGGCUCUUUAAAUAAGACGGGACGUAACAUUUUUACCAUGUUGCUUAUUACGUCUCUUUUCUCCGGUUUUAGCAUGACGUUAAACGUUUUAUAAUGACACUCUGCUGCAGAUGCGACCUCCGCUGUUUGUAUACUUUAAAGCGUUUGCAAGCCGCGACGAGACAAAAUAGCCUUCGCUCGCGACAUAGCUCGAUCUUUUCCGAUUAGAACAGAUUUGGACGCAGUCCGUCACUCAAGGCGCAUUUCUGUAAUUAUCCGCAGAGACCGGCAGCGUGCGGACUGCCAAUGGGAUGCCGAGACAUCCUUUGUACAUCGCCAAAGUUCAUGCAUUAAAAGUCACAGAAAAACUCAGUUGGAAGAAGUCACAAUGACAAAAUACUUUUUUUUUUUUUUUUUAACUCGUAAUCAGGGGACGUUUUGUUCUUCAUUUUUUAACGACGAUGAAUAUAGUUUGCUCUCUUUCUUGUUUUGACUAAGAUGAGUAAAAAAAACAAAAAAAAAACAGUUUGACUGAGCUGAGCACAUUUUUCUUUAUUUUUUUUUAACUAUUCUGAGUACAUUUUCUUCUAAUUUAUGACAAAGCUGAGUAAAAAAAAAAAAAAAAAAAGUAUAUUUUCCUUUAUUUUUUUGGCAAAGACGAGCACAUUUUUCUUGAUUAUUUUUGACUAAUCUAAGUACACAUUUCUUAUAUAUUUUUUAAAAAUUGGCUGAAUACAUCAAAUGUUUUUAUGGAGGACGUUUUCAUUUUUUAAAUGAAGCUAAGUACUGAUGAAGUUGUGUUAGUGUUUCUUUAUUUGUUUACGAAACAGAGUACAUUUCCCUACUCUCUUUACUGAACUUAAUGUUUUUUUUACUAAGAUGAGUGCUUUUAAAAAAAAAAAAAAAAAAAAUGUUAUAAAAAUAUUUUUAUAUUGUGCUUACGGCACAAUGAUGGAGCAAAUUUCUUAACGUGUCGGCCGAGAUCACGUGACUUAUGUGUCGUGCAGGUGUGGGGAAACUAUGGCUGGUGGGCCACGUAUAGCCCUCCGGAGAAUUUGAUCUGGCCCACUUUGCAAUCCUCUAAAUUAUCAUUAUUAUUCCCAUUUUUGCCUUUAAUUUGAUAUCCACCUGCACCUUAAUUCAACUUUUCACUGCACGUAAGUAGAAUGUUUCACCGUAUGAUCUCUGUGCGUCGCCUGGAUAAUGGUCAGAGAUGACAAUAAAACUGAAUUUGCAUAU